CGAUGUCUGAGUCUGGGCACAGCCAGCCUGGGCUGUAUGGUAUAGAGCGGCGGCGACGGUGGAAGGAACCAGGCUCUGGAGGCCCCCAGAACCUCUCUGGGCCUGGUGGUCGCGAAAGGGACUACAUUGCGCCGUGGGAGAGGGAGAGACGGGAUGGCAGCGAAGAGACGGGCACGGCAGCAGCGGUCAUGCAGAAAACUCCCAUCAUCCUCUCAAAACCUCCAGCAGAGCGGUCCAAGCAGCCCCCACCACCAACCCCAGCCACUGCUACCCCAUCUGCCCCGGCCCCUCUGGAGAAGCCUAUCGUCCUCAUGAAGCCGAGGGAGGAGGGAAAGGGGCCUGCAGCCAGCACAGGGGCAACUACCCCCGAGGGCACUGCACCCCCACCCCCCGCAGCCCCCGUGCCUCCCAAGGGCGAGAAGGAGGGGCAGAGACCUACACAGCCGGUGUACCAGAUCCAGAACCGGGGCAUGGGCACCGCCGCACCAACAGCCAUGGACCCUGUCGUGGGCCAGGCCAAGCUCUUGCCCCCUGAACGCAUGAAGCACAGCAUCAAGCUGGUGGAUGACCAGAUGAACUGGUGUGACAGUGCCAUUGAGUACCUGUUGGAUCAGACUGACGUGUUGGUGGUUGGCGUGCUGGGCCUCCAAGGGACGGGCAAGUCCAUGGUCAUGUCACUGUUGUCAGCCAACACCCCAGAGGAGGACCAGAGGGCCUACGUUUUCCGGGCUCAGAGUGCAGAAAUGAAGGAACGCGGGGGCAACCAGACCAGCGGCAUUGACUUCUUCAUCACCCAAGAGCGGAUUGUUUUCCUGGACACACAGCCCAUCCUGAGCCCCUCCAUCUUGGACCAUCUCAUCAACAACGACCGGAAACUGCCUCCAGAGUACAACCUCCCCCACACCUAUGUGGAGAUGCAGUCACUACAGAUCGCCGCCUUCCUCUUCACUGUGUGCCACGUGGUGAUAGUUGUCCAGGACUGGUUCACAGACCUCAGUCUGUACAGGUUCCUCCAGACAGCAGAGAUGGUGAAGCCCUCCACCCCGUCCCCCAGCCAUGAGUCCAGCAGCUCGGCGGGCUCUGAUGAGGGCACUGAGUACUACCCUCACCUGGUCUUCCUGCAGAACAAAGCCCGUCGGGAGGACUUCUGUCCCCGGAAGCUGCGGCAGAUGCACCUGAUGAUCGACCAGCUCAUGGCCCACUCCCACCUGCGCUACAAGGGGACCCUGUCAAUGCUGCAGUGCAAUGUGUUCCCGGGGCUCCCCCCUGACUUCCUGGACUCUGAAGUCAACUUGUUCCUCAUGCCGUUCAUGGACAGUGAAGCAGAGAACGAAACCCCGCCAAGAGCAGGCCCCGGCUCCAGCCCACUCUUCUCCCUGCUGCCCGGGUACCGGGGCCACCCCAGCUUCCAGUCCUUGGUGAGCAAGCUCCGGAGCCAGGUGAUGUCCAUGGCCCGGCCGCAGCUGUCCCACACGAUCCUCACCGAGAAGAACUGGUUCCAUUAUGCGGCCCGGAUCUGGGACGGGGUCCGAAAGUCCUCUGCACUGGCGGAGUACAGCCGCCUGUUGGCCUGA